UUACUUGUGUGCCACCUUGUUGGAGGGAGGGGGUGCAGGAAGGUGAAAGCAAACAAUUAGGCAAGAGAAAGUAAUACUGUAUGAGUUAAGCAUUGCAGCAAUAAUAUAUUUUUUGGGACAAAAGCAAGAACAGACCAGGAAUGGAACAGGGAGUAAAAGCAAUUUUUGGAACAAAUAAAUAGAAUAUGCUUUUUAGAAAGAUUUCCCUAGGGAAGCCUGAAUACAAGGGAGAGCUGGUGGUCUACUUAUCUUGAAAAGAGGGUGAGUGGGUGUAGAGAAGAAGGAAGUGUCACCUUCGGUUGCUUGGUAACAUCUCUUGGCCAUGCUGGUAUCAGAUAAAAGAAGUCCAGUCGAUGUUAUACAUUAUUCAUCGGAGUUUCAAUCAAGGAAUCAAAAUUAUUUGCUUACACUGGGGGACAUCUAGCCAGAUCAAAAGAACUUUUACUGGAAACAAGACCUUUUGCCACUGGCGGACGUCUCUUGAUACAUACUUUUGCAGAAGUUGACUACAUCACUUUGAGAAACCAGGGGAAAUUGACAACAAAAGUCCUCCAAAAUGGAUAGUCCUUUCAAGAUGGACUACCUGUUAGAUGUUGAUUCUGCUUAUCGGCUGUUUUACAGUCAAGGAGCACAAGCUCGCCGGGCCACUCUGCUCACCGUCCCCACCUUAAUGGCGGCAUCAUCCGAGGAGGAGAUCGACCGGAGACCCAUCCGGAGAGUCCGCUCCAAGAGCGACACGCCUUACCUCGCCGAGGCCAGGAUCUCCUUCAACCUCGAGGCAGCUGAAGAAGUGGAAAGACUGGCUGCAAUGCGCUCGGACUCACUGGUUCCAGGGACACACACCCCUCCUAUUAGAAGGAGAAGCAAGUUUGCCACUCUAGGACGAAUUUUCAAGCCAUGGAAAUGGAGGAAGAAGAAGAGUGAAAAGUUUAAGCACACAUCAGCAGCACUUGAAAGAAAAAUAUCGAUGCGGCAAAGCAGAGAGGAGCUGAUCAAGAGAGGAGUGUUGAAGGAAAUUUUUGAUAAAGAUGGAGAACUUUCCAUACAAAAUGAAGAAGGGUCUUUGGAGAAUGGGCAGGCUUUGAGUUCCAGCCAGGUUUCACUCCCAGCACUCUCUGAAUUGGAGCCAUGUUCAGCUUCUGGGGAUUCUUGCACAUAUGAAGUACUCCCAACUCCAGAGAUCAUGGAUGGAACAGUGUCUGAAGAGAGUCCCACGUCCAGUGAAUCUGGAAUCCACCUAUCUCAAGAUCCUUCAUCUAAACCAGUCUUGCUACUUCCCCCUAAAAAACCCGCUGCUUUCUCUGGAGACCAUGAGGACACCCCAGUGAAACAGCUCUCCCUCGUCAAACAGCCCCCUGCCCUGCCUCCUAAACCUAUUGCCAGGAUUGCCAACCAUUUAGCUGAUCCUGGUGCUCCUGUGAAACUGCCUUGUAUGCCUGUCAAAUUGUCGCCUCCGCUACCUCCAAAGAAAGUCAUGAUCUGCAUGCCUUUAGGGGGACCAGACCUCUCCCUCACAUCCUAUUCCACACAGAAGAGCUCCCAGCAAACAUUGGCUUCACAUCACCACACAGUUUUGCCGUCACAGUUAGCAGCACACCAGCAUCAAUAUGGCAGCCACAACCCACACUUGCCUUCUGGAUCCAGCACGUUACCCAUUCACCCUUCAGGAUGUCGCAUGAUCGAGGAGUUGAAUAAGACACUAGCCAUGACCAUGCAGAGGCUAGAAAGCUCUGGUUUACACGGGGGUGACAGUGUUACAAAAACUGGACCAGGGGGCCUUGCAGACAUGAGACAAGUGCCAACUGUUGUGAUCGAAUGCGAUGACAAUAAAGAAAAUGUGCCUCAUGAAUCUGACUAUGAAGAUUCUUCAUGCCUCUACACAAGAGAAGAUGAUGAUGAAGAUGAAGAAGAUGAGGAAAGCUCAUUAUUUACAAGCUCCCUUGCAAUGAAAGUCUGCAGAAAAGAUUCUUUAGCCAUCAAACUUAGCAACCGGCCAUCCAAACGGGAGCUGGAGGAAAAGAACAUCCUCCCCAUGCAGACUGAUGAGGAGAGGCUCGAGCUCAGGCAGCAAAUUGGGACCAAGCUGACAAGACGACUGAGCCAGAGGCCAACUGCUGAAGAAUUGGAGCAGAGAAAUAUUCUCAAACCACGGAAUGAGCAAGAGGAACAGGAAGAAAAACGAGAGAUAAAAAGAAGAUUAACGCGCAAGUUAAGUCAAAGGCCUACAGUGGAAGAGUUGCGUGAGAGGAAAAUUCUCAUCCGCUUUAGUGACUAUGUGGAAGUGGCAGACGCUCAGGACUAUGACAGACGGGCAGAUAAACCAUGGACGCGCCUCACAGCUGCUGACAAAGCUGCAAUCCGCAAAGAGCUCAAUGAGUUUAAAAGCACUGAAAUGGAAGUUCAUGAAUUAAGCAGGCAUUUAACAAGGUUUCAUAGACCGUAAAAACAGAGUGUUCCACCGUCUUCAAAACGUAACUGAAAAGAACCACAAGUGCUGGUAUUGCUCAUCUCUCUGUUACAUACAAUGUAAAUCUUCUAAACUGCCUUUUUAAAAUAAAACAAAACAGAAGGAAAACAAUGUUUUCCUCUGCUGGGUAGAACUACCUGUUGGCACAGCAUUCGGCAACCGAAACCACCUAUGGCAAGAAAAAUGGCAAAAGAUGGCACUUAUAUUUAAACCCAUGCUGUGUGGAUUCCUUCAUACACCCCCAAGACCUGCUGUUCAUUCAUAUUGUCUUUUCUUCAGUGAUCUGCUAAUCCACAUCAGGCAUUUUUUCAUCUGACUCCAAAGAAAGCUGAAGUCCUUGGUGUUGUCUUGGGCAUAAACACAUUGGACAAAAUCUCAAACAAGGCCUGUCGUCCUUCUGGGUCAGUCCUUCUACUGAACACUUCUGUCUGUCUGAGAGCACCUUAGAAAGAUGAGAGGGGAUACAAAGACCCACUCUGAGGAAUCUACCUGUCUUUGACAAUUUUCAAGCAUCAUCCCUGGAGGACCUCUGGCUGGCUGUCACACAUUGAUUUUGUGAGGGAAACGUAAGGAGGAUUCCUCACCAUCCAUCUCUUUCAUUCAGUGGACUCCUUUGCUGCAGAAAACAAUUUUUGAAAUUACUCCAACUACAAGGAUACUUGUUAACAAAUUUAUUGUUGCCACCAGAACAGGAUGGGUUGCCUUCUACCUGGUUUGGGUACAUGCUGUCAUUUUUCUCUGUGUGGCAUGGCAGCUCUGCAUAUACGGCACACUAAUGUCCUGCAGAUGUUACCAACCCUAAAAAAAGCCUCCUUAAGCUACUCCCCUCCAGCAUUGUUGGACUACAACUCCCAUAAAAACCCCAGCCAGCACUGGAGUUGUAAUCCAACACAGCUGGAAGGCAUUAGGUUGAAGAAGGCUGCUAGAAGGUUCAAGGCAGAGACUUAAACUCAGUGGUAGGGCCAAUUUUACUUUGUAUGCAUGAUUUUUUUUUUGAAA